CCCGAAUCUUCAUAUGCUGAACCACCACUAAAGCCCAGCUGUUGAAUACCGCGCACGCACCAAAGCUCUCUCCCACUCUCUCGCCCUUCCAGCCCUCGCAUUCCAGCUUUCCCCGCCCCAACAAUCGGAACGCCCCAACAACCGGCUGAAGAGGGGGAAAGCUUUCUAGAGCUCCAACCUGUGUCGGUGUCUUCCGCUCAGUCGUCGGUUGACUUCCAAAUUGGUAGCAACGUGUGGGUGAAAGUGCUCCCGCUGGAAUAUCCCUUCAAAACCAAACGGCAAUCAUGAGCCCUCUCCCACGAGUCAACAUCGACGAGCCGAAAUAUGAUCAGAACUCCUACUUGGGCAGAGCCAAGCACUUCUUCCUGCUGACCAACCCGCUGAAUGUGCUGGCCUCCGCCUCGAAGUUGGAGGAGGCCCGCCAGAUCGUGAUAAAGUACCGGGCUGGCAAGGAUGUUCCCGAGUGCAAGACCAUCGACGACGUGUGGCGCGCCAAGUACCUGUACGAUUCGGCGUUCCAUCCGGAGACCGGGGAGAAGCAGAUAGUCAUCGGGCGCAUGGCGGCGCAGAUGCCCAUGAACACAAUCAUCACCGGCGGCAUGAUGGCCUUCUACAAAAGCACUCCCGCCGUCGUCUUCUGGCAGUGGUUCAAUCAAACAUUCAACGCCAUUGUCAACUACACGAACCGAUCGGGAACCUCGCCCAUCAGCCAGCAGCAACUAGUUACCUCGUACUGCUUGGCCACUAGCGGAGCCCUGGCCACGGCCCUUUCCCUGAACCACGCAGUGAAGAACAUGAAUCCGCUCUUGGGUCGCCUUGUCCCCCUAGUGGCAGUUGGAGCUGCCAACUGCAUCAACAUCCCCUGCAUGCGAAUGCAAGAGCUGCGCAACGGAGUGACGCUUUUCGAUGAACACAGCAACGAAAUGGGCAUCUCAAAGAAGGCGGCCGUUGUUGGGAUCUCAACCGUAAUCCUAAGUCGAAUCGCCAUGGCUAUACCGGGAAUGACUCUCACACCGGUGCUGAUGAAUGUCCUCGAGAAGAGGGGAUUCCUGGCUAAAUACCCGCGAUCCAACGCUCCCAUCCAAACGCUCUUCUGCGGCUUCGUGCUGAUUUUCGCCACGCCCCUAGGCUGCGCCUUCUUUAAGCAGAGAGCGGACAUCAAAGUGGAUAGCUUGGAGUCAGAGGUCCGGGACAGCAUUAGGAAGAAACGUCCGGAACUGGAAACUGUCUGGUUCAACAAAGGCCUGUGAGGCCCUAUGCCAUUUACGAGCUUAACGGAGACAAUACUGCUCGAUUGAGCCUCUAUUUAUUUCCCUUUUUGCAUUUAUUGGCAUUUUGCCUGUUGACUUCCGUUCGAAAUACUCCUGAUAUUAGCCUGACCGCAUAUGCUUACCGUUCACAGCGAGCGACACGUCAAUGAACCCAAUUUACAGUGUAUAUUAUAGUGAUUGUGUAAAAGUGAAAAUGAAUGAAACCAAAAUAAAUCUGUUAACUGUUAA